AUGACUAUCCCGGAAUAUGCCCACCUACCGACUUUCGACAUCGCGCCCGCAGCUCUUCUAGACAACGCCACCCGGCUUGUCAAGAAUGUCCAGCUGCAUGUCGAUAAGCUAGUCGACUCGGUCUCCGUAGAGAGCGCCACCUUUGACAGUAUAGUCCGUCCGUUGGGAGAUCUGGACAACGAAUACAAGUACGAGGUUCAGUACAUUGCACUAUUCCAGUCCGUCGCACCAUCGCCCGAACUACGCAAAGCAUCGUCAGAAGCAGUGAACCUGGUGGAUCAGGCGUACCUAGCUCUGUUUCAAGAUGAACGCCUUUUUGCCCUCAUCGACGCCGCAUAUACCAGAACCAAUGAUAUCCAGGAUGAAGAAUCCACGCGACUCUUGGCCCGGUUUCAUCGCAUGUUUGUGGAUAACGGCCUCCAGUUGGUCGGGACGAACCGCGAUCGGUUCAAGUGGAUCGCAAAGCGGUUGCUUGAGCUGCGAAUCCAAUUCAUGAAUAAUAUUGCCAGUGACCCUGGUAGCCUGCGGGUUCCUAAGGACGCUCUGGAGGGUCUAGAUGGUAAUAUGCUCAAGAGCCUCGAUGACAAUCCGCUUGGGGUCCGCAUUCGUCUCGACCGACCCACAGUCAGUGCUGUCUUGGGAAAAUGCAGCGUAGCCCAAACACGUCGAGACGUCUUCCUAGCCAGCCAGUCAAUCUACCCCGACAAUGUCGGAUUAUUCCACGAGGCUAUUCUCCUGCGAGAUGAAUCGGCCCGCUUGCUGGGGUUCCCAUCGUUCGCUGCACAGCAGUUGCGGCAUCAGCUGGUCAAGACCCCCGGUGCCGUCAAUGACCUGCUUGACAAUCUUGCACACAAGCUGCAGCCGAUCGCACACCAGGAACUGCAGGCUCUGCGGAGCUUAAGCGGUUCCGAGCUGCAUCUCUGGGAUUUUGAUUAUUACCACCGCCGCAUGCUCCAGGAAAAGUACCAGGUCAACCACGACCUCAUCUCGGAGUAUUUUCCUGCGGAACAUACCAUUCAGCGCAUGCUCAGCACAUUCGAGAGGUUGUUCGGUCUGUCCAUCACUGAAAUUAAAGACAAGUCCGACCAACACGUAUGGCACCCCGAAGUCAGAGUGUUCACUGUUCGCGACCAUGGCUCGCUCCUGGGCUAUCUCUAUACCGAUAUCUACCCUCGGGACGGCAAGUACAAUCAUGCGGCCAACUUUGAUAUUCACCCAGGGUUCCAUAAGAAGGAUGGAACACAGUCUCCAGUCUCCACAGCCCUCGUGUGCAAUGUAUCCCCGGCUACACCCGGCCUGCCCGCACUUUUGCAGCACCGGGAAGUCAUCAGCUUAUUUCAUGAGCUUGGUCACGGGAUCCAUGAUCUCCUGGGUAAAGCCAAGUACGCGGUAUUCUCUGGACAUCGAACCGUGCGAGACUUUGUAGAGGCGCCGAGUCAACUGCUGGAAUAUUGGUGUUGGGUGCCCGAGUGCUUGCAGCAACUCAGUUGUCAUUACUCCUACCUGCCUGAACCACCCAAGGAGAUACCCGAGAGCCUGGUCCAGAGGCUUGCUGCCGUGAAGCAGGUAAACCAGGGGACUCUAACUCUGAGACAGGUCGCGUUCAGCAAAUUCGAUAUGCAAAUCCACAACCACCCUGGCUCAGCGCCCAUUGCAGAAGUAUACAAUUCCCUGCUACAAGAUAUGACCCUCCUUCGGGGUCCAGGGGGAAAGGAUUGGGGGCAUCAUUAUGCCACCACCUCCCACUAUAUGUGGGGACAAGAAGCAAAUUACUUCUCCUACCUCUACACGCGUACUCUGGCGGCGGAAAUCUGGGCAUCCAACUUCCGCGAUGACCCGAUGAGUGCGAAGGCCGGACAGCGCUAUCGAGAGAUUAUCCUGGCGAAAGGCGGCAGUGUAGAUGAGCUGGACAUGAUCCGGGAAUUUUUGGGACGAGAUCCCUCUGCGGAGGCAUAUCUGCAAGAUCUCGGUGUAAACCAGGCUCAGACGCCGUCCGUCUGCAGAUGA